CCUCUCUGAGUCAUAAAUUAAAAUACCUAGUUUCUUUCAUCUUGAAAAUAUAACUAUGAAUUAUAGUCAAAUAAAAAAACUAGAUGAAGAAACUUUAGAAAAACUGACUGAAGGCACAGGGCCCAGUGACCAAUGCCUGUGUUCGAUACUAGCGCCGCCUGACGGUGAGAAAAAAGGGUUCAGAGCAUCAAUCAAGAAGGCGCUAGCGUCGUUUGGAGGAAGAGGCGGGAAAAACAGAGCGAUGUACGGACAGAAUAGCGUUGACAUACCACUUACUUUUUCUAAGGGAGGAAAAGGAAUCUACACCACCAAGGAGGCGGUGAAACGGAACUCCUCAUGCGGGAAGUGUGGGUGCGACAACGAGAACUUGGUGCUGAAGCAUUCGUUCGCAAACAUCAGGAUCACCAGCCCUGACGUCUCCAGCAUAUGCCCUUGCCCGUCUAAUUGUAUGCCAGACAAAGACAAACUCCAGAACAACAUCAAGGUGACCAUAGAGCACGUGUAUGCCAUAGAGUCGGAUUCAGACUUCUCCGAAGACUCGUUGUAUACGGUGUCAGAGACAAGCAGACUGACUGCAAGCGAGCCGGUGUUGCCACGGUCUACGGACUCUUUGACCGUGAAUGAGUUGUCUAUGACUGAAGAGAGGGGGAUAAACAAAAAUUAAG